ACUUCCACAGGCCAGGCUAGCAUAUCAGAGCCAGACAACAAAAAGGUUUGUUGCCGCCAUGGCAACUCCAGCCCGCACUCAGCCCCCCUGGAAACAGCCGCAGGCAUCGAGUUCCGCAAAACUAAAAGUAUGGAACUCAUUGACCCGAUCCAAGAACGACUUUGUUCCCAUCGACCCUGAAGGCAACACAGUCAAGUGGUACAGCUGCGGGCCUACCGUCUACGAUGAUGCUCACUUGGGCCAUGCCCGCAACUAUGUCACCAACGACAUCCUCCGAAGGAUACUGGCCCAGUACUACGGAUACAACGUCAAGUUUGUUCAGAACAUCACCGAUGUCGACGACAAGAUCAUUCUGCGCGGGCGCCAACAGCAUCUCCUGGCCAAGUUCAAGGCGGACAACCCAACCGUCACCGAGGAGGUCAUCAACACUACCGUAAAGGCCUUUGACGCAUACAUCAAGAAGAACCUUCCUCUGCUGAGUGAGGAUGUCACCAUUGGAAACUUCAACGACGAGUCGGCGCAAAAGUACGCCAAUGUCAUCCAGGGCAAAUCCGUCGAUGGUGCUGGUCCGGCGGGUGACAAGGAGGCCAAGAUCAAGAUGCAUCUCCGGACAGCUGGCACCGCAGCGACUUCAUUGCUGGCUCCGUCAAAAUCAACCCCUGAAGAUAUUGAACUCUUUUAUGCCGGCGCCGAGGAUGUCCUGCUCCCGUAUCUCGACUCACUCCAUGGCUCCUCCAUUGACGCAAGCGACCAUUCCGUCUUCACGACGCUUACCAAGAAGUACGAGGCCCGCUUCAACGAGGAUAUGCGCGCCCUCAAUGUCCUGGAUCCCGAUGUUGUGACCCGAGUAACCGAAUACGGCGACCAGAUUGUGUCUUUCGUGGACAAGAUUAUCCAAAACGGCAUGGCCUACAGCACGUCGGACGGAUCCGUGUACUUUGACAUUGAGGCCUUUGAGAAGAAGGAGGGUAAUCACUAUGCGCGUCUGGAACCGUGGAACAGGGGUGACACAAAUCUGCAAGCUGAUGGCGAAGGCGCCUUAUCAUCGGUGAAGACUUCGGAAAAGAAAAACGAUUCAGACUUUGCCCUGUGGAAGUCAAGUAAGCCGGGUGAGCCAGCGUGGCCAAGUCCCUGGGGCCCUGGUCGGCCAGGAUGGCAUAUCGAGUGCUCUGUCAUGGCUUCAGCUGUCUUGGGCGAACAAAUGGACAUUCACAGUGGUGGCAUUGACCUAUGCUUCCCGCACCACGACAACGAACUGGCUCAGUCAGAAGCUUAUUGGGCAAAAGAUGGCCAACCAACCCAAUGGGUAAACUACUUCCUCCACAUGGGCCAUCUCUCAAUAUCCGGCUCGAAAAUGUCAAAGUCCCUGAAGAACUUUACAACCAUCCGUGAGGCCUUGAGUCGCGGAGACUGGAAUGCGCGAAGUCUGCGCAUCAUCUUCUUGCUAGGAGGUUGGCAUGACGGUAUCGAAAUCACCCCCGACAUGCGCAAGUCGGGAUCAUCGUGGGAGAGCUACGUCACAAACUUCUUCUACAAGGUCCGCGACCUCGAAGUUAACCCCAACAUUGCCUCUACAGGCGCAGAGGAUGAGAAGAUCCUGAGUUCGUUCGAGUCCGCCAAGACAAAGGUACACAGUGCACUGGCUGACUCGUUCGAUACCCCCACGGCGAUGCGUGCGAUUUCAGGGCUCAUCACAGACUACAACUCUGCAGACAAGGCUGGUUUGAGUGACUCUGUGUCCUUUGAUGUCGCUCGCUACAUCACUCGCAUGGUCCGCAUAUUCGGUCUAGACGGAACAGCAGACCCGUACGAUGGCGGCAUUGGCUGGGCAGGUAUUGACAUUCCCUCAGCAGCCAAGGAGCACGUAUAUGCAGUGUCGCGGGAACGUGACGAGGUGCGCCAACAUGCCAUCGCCGGCGAUCUCACAGACGAAGUCCUGCAAUCCAUUAUUGCGCAACAUAACCCCACACAAAAGCAGGACGCAGAAGCACUCCCGUACGCAGAAGUGUUGUCCACUUUCCAGGAGAGUCUACAGAAUCUCUCUAAGAACAAGGCACCAGCAAAGGACUACCUCGACCUCUGUGACCAGCUCCGUGACACUCACCUCUGGGAUCUUGGCAUCUACCUUGAAGAUCGUGAAAACGCGCCUGCAAUGGUCCGUCCUGUCGACGCCGAGCUCCAGGCUGCACGCACGCAAAAAGAAGAGAUUGCUCGUCAAAAGGCCGAAGCAAAGCUCAAGCGCGAGCGCGAAGAAGCUGAGAAGAAGGCCAAGCUUGCUGAGCAAGCCAAGGUCAACCCAAAGGAUAUGUUUAGGACUGAGGAGUACAGUGCUUGGGAUGAAGAGGGCCUGCCAACCAAGGACAAAGAUGGCGCGGAUGUACCAAAGGCGCGGACGAAGAAGCUGAAGAAGGAGUGGGAAAAGCAGAAGAAGUUGUUUGAGGAGCAUGCAAAGGCUUGAGUAUGGCAUUGUCGGUGUAGUAUAGCAGGUCUUGUAAAAGCCAAUGUCGGUUUUCGAGUAGACCAACUUAUAAGUUUG